GAGUAGGGGGUGCACCCUCUUCUUCCUUCUCUCUCCCCCUCCAAAGCUUGUCUUUCUUGGAGGCCGAGCGGGGCGGGGGGAUUGUUUGAUAUCUUCUUGUCAAUUUGUAAGCACUCUUUAUAUAUGAUAGCUAUUAAUUAUAUCCUGUCCCAGUGUUGCAAAUGUCCCCCCCAAGCCUUUUGUACAUUGCCUUGCAGUGGUUUUUAAGAGUUGUGCAAUUGUCUAUUUCACAGAUUCUGGGUUUCCAGCCUUGGUUGGGAAGCUCUCCUGCUCCUGAGGGUAGUGUGAUCUCUGUCCUCAUCUCCUCCUCUCCUCUCCUCUCCUCUCCUCUCCUCUCCUUUCUCCACUCCCCUCUGGGGCCUCUCUCUCCUUAUCUCCAGCUUCUCCUUUCCCAAGAUUCUGUGUCCCAACGGGGGACUUGCCCAACCUGGAGACCCAGCCCCUCCCCCUCCGCCUCCACCUCCAAUGGCAUCUCCUUAUUUGGAAAGGGGGUUGUUCAAAUCCCUGUGGGUUUUUAAGAGCUUUUCUUACCUAUACUAUUAACCCUAUGUUCCCUUCUGUAUUGUAAGAGACUCGUCCUCAAGUCCUGUUAAUUGACUUUCUUUCCUUUUUUUUUUUUUUUUUAGAUGUUUGCCACGUGAAAUCUUAAGCUGCUAAGCUGUACACAAGUAUGUCCCUCAUGGGUUAUUGACUGUGGGUCUCCGACGUAGGUGAGGAAGGUCUCCCCGCUCCGGGGAGGGUUGUGGGGGGUGGGGAGGGCGUCCUUAUCUCGCAGCUUCUCCCUUCCCACGGGCCAGGCUCAUAAAAGCGCGCGGGGACGCGGCCUUGCAGUGUCGCCAUGUCCCCGCUCUGCCCCCUGCUGCUGGCCCUGGCCCUGGCGGCCGUCCCUGGCGUCCGAGCAGCCUGCCCGACGCCCGCGGACCUCAAGAAGCCCGAAGGGACGCGCACGUGCGCCAGGCUCUACGACAAGAGCGACCCCUACUACGAGAACUGCUGCGGGGGCGCCCAGCUGUCGCUGGAGCCAGGCGCCGACCUGCCCUUCCUGCCCUCUGACUGGACGAACGUCGCCUCCUCGCUGGUGGUGGCCCCGCGCUGCGAGAUCACCGUGUGGUCCCUCCGCGGCAAGGCCGGCAAGACGCGCAAGUUCUCGGCGGGCGCCUACCCGCGCCUCGAAGAGUUCCGCAAGGGCAUCUUCGGCGACUGGUCCAACACCAUCGCGUCGCUCUACUGCAGGUGUUACUGAUGCCUUAGGGAUACUUCUUCUCCAACCCCCACAGCGUGCAGAGCUUCUCAUCUGGCCUUGUCUCUGGGGUCUGCUGAAGUCCCCAAGUCCCAGGAGGAGAGAACUUUCUGCCUGUCUCCCGAAACCCGCCUUCCCUGCAAUAUAGCCCUUGUGAUGUUA